CUAAGAUCAUACUGUACAGGACUACAGAUGAAUUUUAUAGCUCAAAACUGUUAAACUGUAACAAAUAAAGAAUUUUCUUGUUACACUGCCCUUUGCAGCUAUGUUAACAAGCACAACAAAUUUAGGACCUUUUUGGCCUUGGACUAUGAAGAUCAGUUUAGACAAUUGCAUGAUUAGUUGCAAGUAAUGCACAACAAACUGUAUUUUUAAUGCGUUGUACCAUGCCCAUCAAAAUUUUGAACAGAACUGACAUAAUUUAAAGAAACCACCUACUGUUUUUCGGAGUUAAAUACUAGAUACUUAUUGGUCCAUUACAACUUCAUAUACUAUCUGUCUUCGUUGUAUUGAUUGAACACUCCAACUUACGAUGAUACGAUAGAAAAUUUUAAAAUGAGGAUAUAAAUUGAUGUAAUGCCUUCUCCUUCCAAUUUGGUGGCAAGUUAUUUUGAGAGCAAAAAGUGCAGUGACUGUCCCUUAGAUGAACCAACAAAGAUUGGUGGAGAGCCUCCAACAACUCCGCCACAUUUUGAAAACAUGCAUAGCCCAGAGAGACCUCUUAACCGGCAAAUCUCUGCAUACCCUUUACAUCAAAGCACUCAUUCCACCGUCUACUUACUUCUCCAACCAUUUCAUCCUUCUCUAUUCUAAGUGUGGCCUUCUUACCGCUGCUCGCAGGGCUUUUGAAGCUACCCCUGAACCCAAUGUUUUCUCUUUCAAUGCUAUCCUCAAUGCAUAUGCUAAAGAAGCUCAGCCUCAUCUUGCCCACCAGCUGUUUGAUAAAAUACCCCAACCGGAUAUUGUUUCUUACAACACCCUUAUAUCUGCUUAUGCUGAUCUUGGUUACACCCUGCCUGCUCUUCGGCUCUUUCUUGAUUUGAAGGACACGGGUCUUGUUAUGGAUGGAUUUACUCUUUCAGCUGCUAUCACGGCUGCUAAUGACAAUGUUGAUUUCAUUACUCAGCUUCACUCAUUGUCUAUAUCUGCUGGGCUUGACUCUUAUGCUUCUGUUAAUAAUACUCUCAUCACGUAUUAUAGCAAAAAUGGGCAUCUUGAUUAUGCACGAGAGGUUUUUGCGUCAAUGGGUGAGAUAAAAGAUGAGGUUUCUUGGAAUUCGAUGAUUGUUGCUUAUGGGCAGCAUAGGGAAGGGAUAAAGGCGUUGGCUUUGUAUAAAGAAAUGGAACUUAGGGACUUAUAUUUAGACAUGUUUACUUUGGCAAGUGUAUUGACAGCACUUACGUCCAUGGAAGACUUGCGUGGUGGGCUUCAAUUUCAUGGUCGGUUAAUCAGAAUGGGUUUUCAUGAAAAUCCACAUGUUGGAAGUGGGCUGAUUGAUUUGUACUCAAAAUGUAGUGCUAGUAUAUCAGAGUGCAAAAAAGUAUUUCAGGAAAUACCUUAUCCUGACUUGGUGCUCUGGAACACAAUGAUUUCUGGAUAUUCGCAGUCUGAAUUGUGUGAAGAAGCUGUUGCUUGUUUUAGACAAAUGCAGCUUGCUGGCCAUCAACCUGAUGAUUGCAGCUUUGUUUGUGUGAUUAGUGCAUCUUCUAACUUGUCAUCACCAUCGCAAGGGAAACAGAUUCACUCUUUGGCAAUCAAAUCUAGUAUUCCAUCCAAUCGUAUAUCAGUGAACAAUACUCUCAUUGCAAUGUAUUCUAAAUGUGGAAGUCUGCAAGACGCAAGAUUACUUUUUGAUAGAAUGCCUGAGCAUAAUGCUGUCACUUUAAAUUCUAUGAUAGCAGGAUAUGCUCAGCAUGGGCAUGGAACAGAGUCGCUGUUACUAUUUGCAUGGAUGCUUGAAAGCAAUAUUACACCUACAAACAUAACAUUCAUCUCUGUCCUAUCGUCAUGUGCACACACUGGAAAAGUUGUGGAAGGGAAGAAAUAUUUUGGUUUAAUGACUGAUAAAUUUGGGAUAAACCCAGAGGCUGAGCACUAUUUAUGCAUGAUUGACCUUUUGGGUCGAGCAGGAAAGCUUGAGGAAGCAGAGACACUAAUCGAAACAAUGCCAUAUAAUCCUGGUACAAUUGGCUGGGGCUCAUUACUUAGAGCAUGUCGAACACAUGGUAAUAUAGAGCUAGCAACAAAGGCAGCUAACCACUGUGUUCAGCUGGAUCCAUCAAAUGCGGCACCAUAUGUCAUGCUUGCGCACAUGAAUGCUUGUCUUGGCAGAUGGGAAGAGGUAGCAUCGAUUAGAAAAGAAAUGCGAGACAAGGGAGUGAGAAAGCAAGUGGGUUGUAGUUGGAUUGAGGUGGCCAACAGGGUUCACGUCUUUGUGGCAGAAGAUAGUUCUCAUCCGAUGAUAAAGUUGGUGUAUAAAUUCUGGGAAGAGAUGUCAAAGAAGUUGAAGCAAGAAGGGUAUACUCCGGAUUUGAGGUGGGCUCUGAUGAGAGAUGAUGGAACAAGGCAGGAGGAGAAAGAGAGAAGCUUAUGGCAUCACAGCGAAAAGCUGGCAGUUGCUUUUGGGAUUUUAUCGACCAAAGAUGGUGAACCUAUUCUUAUCAUAAAGAAUUUGAGAAUAUGUGGCGACUGUCAUAAUGCAAUUAAGAUUCUAUCUGGUAUGACAGGAAGAGAGAUUACAGUAAGGGAUUGCCACAGGUUUCAUUGCUUCAAGGGUGGGGCAUGUUCUUGUGGGGAUUACUGGUGAUGGUGGAUAAUUAGCAAUCAGAUGCUAAUCUGAUUCCCGUCAAUUCAUGUGAUUGCCAUGGGCUGUGGAGAGUGAAGUUGUGAAUGUAAUACUGUGUGCUUUGAGUUAGUAAGAUGGACUAGAUUAUGUACUGAAGAGUUCACAGCAUGCAGCUUUCUGGUUUUUGGAUUGGAUUAUCGAGUCUUAAUCCAUUUUAAUCUUAUACGCUUAAUGCUAUACAUGAUCUCAGACCCAACCAGAAGUGCUAAUCAUUUGCAAUAUAUAUGCAUUUUUUGAGUAGGGGUAUGAAAGAUGACAACCUCCUGUUCAUUCACUGCAAGGUUAAUUACAAGGCAAAAUCUGAUGUUACAUCUUAAAGAGCUGAAAUGGUGCAUGCCUGAAACAACAAAAGAACCCUACAAAAUCCGGGAAAACAAUGAAGCAGCAAGAAGUUUAGUGGGUGCAACACAUUCCCAGCUAGCAUAUGGUAGGUCAUAUGGAGAAAAGGAAAUCGUAAAAGAAAUCAUUAAGCUUGAAGCUGGUUGGAUAACAACAAGGUGCACCAUCCAUACUGCUUCAAAAUACCAUUUCUAAGAAUCUUUCUAUGUAUGGGUACUUGGAUCCUGAAUAUUACAUGAACCAACAGUUGACCGAGAAAAGUGAUGUAUAUAGUUAUGGAGUGGCAUUGCUAGAGCUGAAGUGAUGUAUAUAGUUAUGAAGUGGCAUUGCUAGAGCGGAUAACUGCAGGAUCUCCAACAGAGCGAGGAAAGUACAUUGUGAGACUGGUUGCAGAGACUAUACAUGAUUUAAAAGAUAGCACCGGACUGUACCAAUUAAUUGAUCCAAGAAUAGGCCCAGGUUCGAAAUUUAAAGGUGUUGAUUAACUAUUUACAUUUGCAAUGAGAUGUGUUAAUGAAUCCGGGGCCGAGAGGCCUUCCAUGGGUGAGGCUGUGAAAGAAAUUGAGAGUAUCCUUGAACUGACCGGAAGCAUGAACAAGUAUACUGAAGAAGAGCUCACUUCAACUAGGUACAACUCAAGUCAGUCUUGACGAUUUUUAUGAUGACAAAGCUUUUGAUUAUAGUAGUAAAUUUCUUCCUUGUGGCAUGAAGACUACUUACUUAAGUUACUAAGGAGUAUAUCUGUCUGUGAUUCACAUUAGUUUGUUGUAUUGAGUACAAGUGAUCUUUGGUACUUAUGAUUCUUCUGUUGUAGUACUAGCUAUAUAUAAAGUCAGAAUUACAUAUGGCUUCUUAAGAUUGAGUGAUCUUUGUAUCAAUAUUUGAUGGAAAGGAAGUUAGAUCAUACUGUACAGAACAUCCUUUGUUUGAAAUUUUGUUCUGUUGGCUGUA